AUGGACUCUGGGUUAUCUAAACAAUAUUCAGAUUUAAUCACCAAACUUAUUGAACAAACUGUAAACGUUGUAAAGGAAUUAGAUGACACUAAUGAUCUUUCAUUCAUGCGGAUAAGAACUAAAAAACAUGAAAUCAUGAUUGCACCUGAACCUUCUUUGAUACUUCAAUAUCUUAGAGCUGCACCUUCAUCGAUAAACACAAAAAAUAAUCAUCAAUCGAAUUCUAAUACGUUUCUUAAGCGAUCACCACAAGAAUUACCAGAAUGUUUAAAGAUUAGUCAAGAUAUUCAAUCAAUAACUACUGAAGCAUUAGUAGAUGCUAUCAAUCUUUUACAAACAUAUCCUUCUUUUUCAACUUACGAAGUUCAAGAUUUGUUAUCUAAAUUUUCUGGUUUCUCAAAUCUUGGAUAUAAUAAUAUUUGUCGAUAUUUCACAUCACACGGUUCAAUUCGAUUCGUAAAUCAACGACGAUUACAAUUAUUAGAAGCAGAAGCAAAUGCCGCUCCUAAUGACGCGUCCAAACAAGCUGAAUUUUAUAAUGAGUUGCUCUUAUCAAAUAAUUACAAUGUUGUUAUUUCUAGAUUUGAACGCGGAAAAUUUGCUCAUAACGAAGAUUGUUUUCAAGCGUAUGUAACUGCUUUGGCAAAAUCUGGUCAAACAGAUAAAAUAUUACCCAAGAUAGCUCAAAAAUUGGAACAAGCUGGUGGAGUUGAAGGAGUAAUGAAGACAAUUUCAACUAAUGAUUUAAUACAAAACGUUGUGAAAAGUCAAGGUAAAAAAGUAUCCGUGGAAAGUGGUCCACAGACCAUAAAUUCUACUGCGGGUAAUAAAGAAAAUCCUAUUUAUGUUGUUAUCGAAGAAGCUCGUGGAUAUAUGUUUUGGAGAGCUUUACGUUGGGUGGGAAUAACAUUCACAUAUGCAUUCUGUAUCUUGACUUUCUUAAGUAUCGCUAUGGAAAAUUCUGGUUUGUUAAAAACCGGUAGUUCCCAAUCCGAAUUUGAACCUUCCUCUCAACAAGUUGUUAAAUUUUCCGAUGUACAUGGAGUUGAUGAAGCUAAAGGUGAAUUAGAAGAAUUGGUUGAAUUUUUAAGAGAUCCUUCCAAAUUUACUGGAUUAGGUGGAAGAUUACCAAAAGGUGUAUUACUUACUGGUCCCCCAGGUACCGGAAAAACUUUAUUGGCAAGAGCUGUCGCUGGUGAAGCCGGUGUACCAUUUUUUUUCAUGUCUGGUUCGGAAUUUGAUGAAAUGUAUGUUGGAGUUGGAGCAAGAAGAGUUCGUGAACUUUUUGCAUCUGCAAGACGAAAAGCACCUAGUAUAGUAUUCAUUGAUGAAUUAGACGCAAUUGGUUCUAAACGUAAUCCAAAAGAUCAAACAUAUAUGAAACAAACAUUAAACCAACUAUUAGUUGAUUUGGAUGGGUUUGUAGGAGUAAUUUUCAUUGCGGCAACAAAUUUUCCGGAAUUAUUAGAUAAAGCAUUAAUUCGACCAGGUCGUUUCGAUAAGCAUGUAUCUGUUCCUCUUCCGGAUGUACGAGGAAGAAUGCAAAUCUUAAAACAUCAUUUGAAGAAUGUACAAAUCUCUCGUGGUACACCAGGAUUUUCCGGUGCAGAUUUAGCAAAUUUGGUUAAUCAAUCAGCGAUUCAAGCUUCAAGGGAUGGUUCACCUAAAGUUACCAUGAAACAUAUGGAAUACGCUAAGGACAAAAUACUUAUGGGAGCCGAACGAAGGUCGGCGGUAAUUACUGAAGAAAACAAACGUUUAACCGCUUAUCAUGAAGGUGGACAUACUUUGGUAGCACUUUAUACCCCAGGUGCAUUACCUUUACAUAAAGCCACCAUUAUGCCAAGAGGUUCGUCACUUGGAAUGACGGUGCAAUUGCCAGAAAUGGAUAAAGACAAUUACACAAAGAAAGAAUUUCUUGCGAUGGUGGAUGUUGCAAUGGGUGGUCGAGUUGCCGAAGAAUUAAUAUUUGGUAAAGAGAAUGUUACAACCGGUUCACACAAUGAUAUCGUGAAUGCGACAAACGUUGCUAAGCGUAUGGUCACUUUGUAUGUGGCUCAUCCAGAAGAAGACAUUGAACAAUUAAGUAUGCAAACAAAAUUAGUCAUUGAAAGUGAAAUCAAGGCAUUAUUGGAAAAUGCUCAACUACGUGCAUCAAACAUUUUGAAAAAUCAUAAAGACGAAUUACAUCGAUUAGCAAAAGCCUUGGUUGAUUAUGAAACCCUUUCUCAAGAAGAAAUUGAGUUAGUCGUAAAAGGAAAGAACAUUCAACGAUAA